AACGGAAGUCCCGCCCUCCUGCUUCCGGCCAAUUCACAACAUCCAAGAUGUCUGCCGCCAUAUCUUCCCUCGUUUCGUACGGCAGCGAUUCUGAUUCAGAAAAUGAGCCGGAAUCCAAUACCGGUGUCACAAAAGUGGAACCGGUGGACCCGGACGCAAUGGCUCACCUUAAACCUCUGAAGUCUGUACCAACGAUGUCUUUAGCUGUUCUUAACUCUGCUCCUGAGGUCGCCGUAAAGGAGUCCGUUGAGACUGGCACUCACCUGGACCCUGCACUGAAAGAAGUCUCAUUCAAUCCGACAUAUGAAACCAUGUUUGCACCAGAGUUUGGGCCAGUGAACCCAUUUAAAAGCCAGCAGAUGGCUGCCCCCAGGAACAUGCUCUCGGGCUAUGCAGAACCAGCUCAUCUCAACGACUUCAUGUUUGAACAGCAAAGGAGAACCUUCUCCACCUACGGUUACGCUUUAGACCCAUCUGUGGACACACACCAGGUAUCUGCCAGUGGUUACAUCGGUGCAGUGGAUGAGGCUGAGAAAAAUAAAGGGCUAACUGUGUUUGAGAGCGGACAUAAGAAGUCAGAGAAAAGGAAAAAGAUCAAAGGUGGAGAUGCAGAGGAGAUCGACAACUUCCUUGGACCUUGGGCGAAAUAUAUCGAUGAGAAAGAUGUUGCCAAGCCGUCCGAGGACGAGCAGAAAGAGCUGGAUGAGAUCACAGCCAAGAGGCAGAAGAAGGGAAGGAAUGAGGAAGAGGCUCCAGGAGAGGAGAAGACCAUUCUCCAUGUUAAAGACAUGUAUGACUACCAGGGCAGGUCCUACCUCCACGUCCCACAAGAUGUUGGCAUCAACCUGCGUUCUGCAGAGGCUCCGGACAAGUGUUACCUGCCUAAGAAACAAAUUCAUGUCUGGAGUGGACACACCAAGGGUGUCAGUGCCAUCCGACUGUUUCCCAGCUCUGGUCAUCUCUUGCUCUCCUCCUCCAUGGACUGUAAGAUCAAGCUGUGGGAAGUGUACGGCGAGAGGAGAUGUAUACGGACGUUUAUUGGUCACAGCAAAGCAGUGCGAGACAUUUGCUACAAUAACACUGGGACCCAGUUCCUCAGCGCUGCCUACGACCGCUAUCUCAAACUCUGGGACUCUGAGACAGGACAAUGCAUUUCCCGCUUCACCAACAGGAAGGUGCCAUACUGCGUCAAGUUCAACCCAGACGAGGACAAGCAGAACCUCUUUGUGGCCGGAAUGUCAGAUAAGAAGAUUGUUCAGUGGGACAUCAGGACAGGUGAGGUGGUUCAGGAGUACGACCGUCACCUGGGAGCUGUCAACACCAUCACGUUUGUUGACGAGAAUCGUCGGUUUGUCAGCACAUCGGACGACAAGAGUCUUCGAGUGUGGGAGUGGGACAUCCCCGUGGACUUCAAAUACAUCGCCGAGCCCAGUAUGCACUCCAUGCCAGCUGUGACACUCUCUCCCAACGGUAAAUGGCUAGCAUGUCAGUCUAUGGAUAACCAGAUUCUGAUCUUUGGCGCCCAAAACCGCUUCAGACUGAACAAGAAGAAAGUCUUCAAAGGCCACAUGGUGGCUGGCUAUGCCUGCCAAGUGGAUUUCUCCCCAGACAUGAGCUAUGUGGUGUCAGGAGACGCCGACGGAAAGCUGAACAUCUGGGACUGGAAGACCACCAAGCUGUACCACAGGAUCAAGGCUCAUGACAAGGUGUGCAUCAGCGCCCUGUGGCAUCCACAUGAAACCUCCAAGGUCAUCACCUGCGGCUGGGACGGACAAAUCAAACUCUGGGACUAGAUCUGUCCUGGUGUGCGUUUUUGUGUCAGAUUGGGGAGGGGGGGUUGGGUUGGUUCUAGGAAAUGAUGGACAGAACGGAGCGGGUUUUACCAAGGACAUGUCGGAUUUUGUGAAAAACCUGGAGUGAGUGCCACAGGGCUGGUAUCCAGUCUUAUUGUAGCAGUGUAUUUUUGUAUCCCGUCGUGAGAGCUCAAAAUAUGUACUCAUGUAUUAUUUGUACAAAGAUGAACACAAGUGUACUUUUUAAAAAUGGUUUCUACUGCAAAGGGCAUAUGAGAGGGGGUACCAUGUGAUUUUUCUUUUCAAAUAAAUGUUUUGUUAUUUUAAUUUGCAUUCUCUGUGUAGUAUUCCUCCGUAGUCCUUGUUUAAAACUUUCAAUUGUAUUACCAUCCCUUUUGUGGAAAUAAACAUUCUGUAAAUUGUCCCUCUUAUUAAGAAAAUCAAAGUGUUGUUUCUUUGGAAAUGUAUUUUUAUUAAAGUCCCAGAAAAAAA